GCAGUCGUGUCAUUUUUGUUAUUUUAACAUUAUCAGACGUGCAUAUAAUGUUAUUCUACCUAUGGAUAGCAGCCGUGAUAGCGGCGAUAUACUUAUACUGCCGACAAGUCUACUCAAGGUUCAGCAAAUAUGGAGUCAAAAAUCCGAAACCUUUGCCUCUUCUGGGGAACAUGAGUUCAAUCUUGCUCAGAACUGUAAACUUCAUUGAUGUGGUUAAUGACCUGUAUAACAAAUUCCCUGAAGAAAGGUUUGUGGGCAACUUUCAGUUCAUGAAGCCCGUGUUAUUUAUUAGAGAUAUCGAACUUAUCAAGAAGGUUACUGUUAAAGACUUCGAGUACUUCCUUGAUCAUAGCUCAAUCGUCAGCGAAGACGUCGAUCCUUUCUUUGGAAGGAACUUGUUCUCUCUAAAAGGUCAAGAAUGGAAGGAUAUGCGUUCGACAUUAAGCCCAGCAUUCACGAGCUCGAAGAUGAAGCACAUGCUCCCAUUCAUAGUCGAGGUGGGCAACCAGAUGGUCAUCUCGCUGGAGCAGCAGUUGAAGGAAUCGAAAAAGGGCUUCAUAGACAUCGAAACUAAGGACGUGGCAACCUAUUAUGCAAAUGACGUCAUAGCGUCCUGUGCCUUCGGCCUGAAAGUAGACUCUCACCUUGAGCCCGACAACCGGUUCUACAAAAUGGGACAUAAGGCUUCUAACUUUGACUUUGUGGCGAUUCUAAAGGUCUUUGGAUAUUCAUCCUUUCCUUGGCUUAUGAAGCUAAUGAAGACGCAUCUCUUCUCAAAAGACGUGACGAUCUUCUUCCAACACUUAGUGCUCAGCACGAUGAAGAACCGUGAAGUGCACAAUAUCCUACGACCGGACAUGAUACAUCUGCUUAUGGAAGCCAAGAAAGGUCAGCUGGUUCACGAAGAGAAUUCUGGUAAUGAUGCUGGUGCAGGAUUUGCCACAGUAGAAGAGUCUAAUGUCGGCAAGAAAACUAUUAAUAGAGCUUGGUCAGACAUAGACCUAACCGCACAAGCAGUCCUUUUCUUCAUCGCCGGUUUCGAAACCGUUUCAACAGCCAUGACUUUCCUCCUUUACGAGCUGGCCCUCAAUCCUGAGGUCCAGGAUAAGUUGGCAGAGGAAGUUCUUGAACAUGAGAAGAGAAGUGGCGGCAAGUUUGAUUACAACUCCAUUCAGAACAUGGUUUAUAUGGAUAUGGUGGUUUCAGAAUCCUUGCGAUUAUGGCCUCCAGCUGUUACGUCAGAUCGAAUUUGCACGAAGGACUACAAUUUGGGCAGACCCAACGACAAAGCUACUCAAGAUUUUAUUUUGAAAAAAGGUGAAGGAGUCAACAUACCAGUAGUGUCGAUUCAUCGCGACCCGAAGUACUUCCCAAACCCUAAUAAGUUCGACCCUGAGCGCUUCUCUGAGGAGAACAAGCAUAUGAUUCAGCCCUUCACUUAUUUGCCUUUUGGUCUUGGACCAAGAAACUGUAUUGGGUCCCGGUUCGCGCUGUGCGAAGUGAAGGUGAUGGUAUACCAGCUCAUUCAGCGCUACAAGUUGAUGCCGUGCGAAAGGACCACCAUCCCCUGCGAACUGGCCAAGGACAACUUCAACCUGAGGAUCAAGGGAGGGCAUUGGUUGAGGCUAAAACCGAGAGAUUAGACUAAAUAUGUUAAAUAAAUGUAAUAAAGUUUUGAUAAUAAAAU